AGAGGAGCAAGGAGGAUGUUAGGGUGUUUGUGGUGCUGCGGGACAAAAUGCGGAUAGGAGUGAGGUCUAACCUGCCGGUGGAUGUAGCUGUUGCAAGAGGAGGGAUCUUGUGAGCGAGGACGCCGACCAUCCGAACCGCAGUGCCAGGAGGACAUUCCCAACUAGUUCAAAUAAGAUGGAUGGGACAACUUGAGUGGUGCACUUCUGCAGGACUGCCUCACUCCUGAAGAAAAUGUAGCUACCAGGCUGCUGUCAGCCUUUUCCUAAAUGAAACAACUGGGAUAUUCUGCUGAGAUUGAUCACCCACAACCUUGGUAACGAUGGAAAGUGGAGUUUUUCUUCCCUGCCUGGAUCAAUUCAUGCUGAGCCCACUUGUCACUUGGGUGAAGACGUUCUUGCCACAUGAUGGGGGCAUACACUUUUCUGAAUUACUGGAUGGAGUCUUCCUGAAUGACAUAAUGACGCAAAUAAAUCCCUCAGCCACACCUCAGGGUGCAAACAAAGUGAGCAGGGAUCCAAGUCAGAGGAUCCAGAACCUGAACUUCCUUGUCCAGCAAAUCAAGACGUAUUAUCUGGAUAAUCUGAGACAAUUGAUCAUGAUUCCUUUGCCAAACGUGCUGCUGCUUGGCAGGACUCCUUACUGUGAACAAAGUCUGGAGGAAAUGAAGAAACUUUUGCUGCUGCUGUUGGGAUGUGCAGUUCAGUGCGAGAAGAAAGAGGAGUACAUCGAGAGGAUCCAGACCCUUGACUUUGACACCAAAGCUGCCAUAGCUGCACAUAUUCAGGAGUUAACCCACAAUCAGGAGAACGUGCUGGAUCUGCAGUGGUUGGAGUCCAGCGAGCUGCACCCAGAUGAGCUGGAGGCCGCAGCGAGGAACAUGGCCACGCACCUCCGACAUCUGCUGGACCAGAGGAAUACGCAGCUAGAGACUAUAGCAGAGCUAAUGCAGGAAAAGGAGGGUGUGGUUAGCUUGCUUAAUAGCCCCUCCAGCCCGCAGUCCGCCAGCUACUCUCCCAGCUUGCAGCAGCAACAAGCGGGGACUCAGCAACACCUGGCGGUGGAGCUGGCUGACUCUAAGGCCAAGAUCAGACGACUUAGACAAGAACUAGAGGAGAAGAGUGAGCAGAUGCUGGACUGCAGACAUGAGCUGGAGAACAUGGAGGCAGAGCUGAAGAGGAUCCAGCAGGAGAACUCCCAGCUGCUAGUAGAUGCCCGUGCAGCCCGCACCUACCGCGACGAACUGGAUGCCCUGAGAGAAAGAGCCAUAAAGGCGGACAAGCUGGAGAGUGAAGUGGGACGUUACAGAGAGCAACUACACAAGAUAGAGUUCUACAAGGCCAAAGUGGAGGAGCUGAAGGAGGAUAACAGGGUGCUACAAGAGACCAAAGAGGUGUUAGAGGAUCAGUUGGCAGGCUGGAGGGCACGCUCAGAUAAAAUUCACCAGCUGGAGAAGCAGAGUCUGCUGCUGAAGGCCCGGGUCCACGACAUGGAACAGGAGCGGGAGGCUGAUCGGAGGCGGAUUGAGGAGCUGCAGGAAGAGAACCUGGCUCUGUGUUUGGCUCAGAGGAGGAGCAUGGAGGAGUCCCAGCACCUGGGCUGGGAGUUGGAGCAGCUGUCUAAGACCACUGACAACUCUCAGGGCCAGCAGUCCCUGAGCGAGGAGGUGAGUGAGAGGACCCGCAGUCGGAUGCUGAAGCUGGAGAAGGAGAACCAAAGUCUCUUAAGGACCAUAGAGGAUCUCAGAGCUGCCUCUAUGAACAACAGCACACAGCCCAAACAUAGCCACCACCUUGAGUGUGACCAUGUCUGCCAAGUGGUGUGUAGCACCAACAACUGUACCUCGUCAACAGAUGAACAAACACAGGAGAUGCUUCAUGGAGAUUCAAACUGCCAUCAGCCGCUCCACGCAGAAGAACUGGAGGGAGUUCAGAGUGAGAUCCUCCUCACAGAUAAUACAGACCUUCAUAUUCAGGAGAAAGGACAGCUAGAGGACAGGAACAGUGGAGAUCAUUUCAAAGAACAGUCUGAUCUGGAAGUCUUGGAAAACAAUCACAACAGGCUCCAUUGUUUUGUUGGAUCACGUGAUCGCUCCCCUGGCUCUAGGAGCAGCAGUCCCUGCCAUGACAGCAUCUUCACAGGUCUGCCAACACGGUCCUCCUACGCCAGCAAGCACACACAGCGGCUAGAGGCCAAGUGCAGGGCCCUGGACACGGUUAAUCAGCAUCUACAGACUUCCCUUGAUAACACCGACCGGAAAGUUCAGCGCCUGCAAGCGGAGGUUCAGGAGCUGGAGGCAGAGAACCAGAGUCUGCAGGCCACUUUAGAGGAACUCCGGAUCUCUGCCCGACGCCUGGAGCAACUGGAAACAGAGAAGCAAAGCCUGGAGCAAGAAACCACAGUCCUUGAGAGGGAAAAGAGGCAACUAGAGAAAGAGAAUCGACGACUCCGCCAGCAGGCUGAAAUCCAGGAAGCCAACUUAGACAGCAGCAAUGUCUGUAUGGCCAGCCUGGAGAGGGAGAUGCGUUUUCUUGUAAAGGAGGUUGAGGUGUUAAGGGAAACUGCUGAGAGGGUCAAAGGCCUGGAGGGAGACAACAGAGAACUGACCAAGCAAGCUGCUAUCGACCAGAGGACCUUGGCCACCCUCAGAGAGGAGCUGGUAAGUGAAAAGCUGAAGACCCAGCAGAGAGGCAAUGAACUGGAGAGGCUGGCCCAUGAGUUGGAAAUGAAGGUCCUGAACCAGGAUAGUACACAGCAGGCUGAACAGGAGGCACCAGACAACAGCAGGUUCAAGAUGCUGGAGUCAGAGUUGGAGUCGUCUCUGAAAAAAUCUCUUCAGAUUAAAAAUGACAAGAUGGCAGCUUUGGAGGCUCGUCUGCAGGAAUCCUCCAACCUGAACCAGCAGCUGCGCCAGGAGCUUAAGACUGUGAAACUGAGCUAUGAGGCCUUGCAACAGAGGCAGGAGGAAGAGACAGCACUGACUUCCACUCCUCCCAGAGAGACUGGCAGGACAAUGAGCGAAUGGCUGCGUGAAAGCCAGGAGGCCACCAAGGAACUGCUGAAACUCAAAGACCGUCUCAUUGAAGUGGAGAGGAAUAAUGCGACACUGGAAGCAGAGCGCCAGGCUAUGCAGGCCCAGCUGAAGCAGCUGGAGAGUCAGUCUGACAGCCAGCAGGCUCAGAUCCUCGCCCUGCAGAGGCAGGCUGCCUCACUGCAGGAGAACAACACAGCCCUGCAGACACACAACGCUAACCUGCAGGUGGAGAAGUCCACUCUGAACUCACAGAGUGCCUCCCUCAUGGCUCAGAAUGCUCAGCUGCAGCAGCAGCAGUCGGGGACAGAGAGCGAGCGAGACAGUGCCAUACGGGAACGUGAAGAGCUGCGUGGUGUUCACGAGCAGCUAUUACGAGACCACGAGCGGCUUGCAGCUCUGCAUGAGCGUCAGGCCAUGGAGUUUGAGAUCCUGAUGGGCAAGCAUGGCUGCUUGAAAAAUGCACAUCGCACACUGGAGCUGGAGCAUCGCACACUGCAGGACAGGUACAAUAGCCUGUUGCAGCAGCGGACCAAGCUAGAGGGCCUUGAGAAAGCCCUGAAGGAGGAGCAGAUGAGGAUGGCUCUGGAGAAGGAACAGCACAGGACCACUGCCGCUGAAUGCUGCAGGCUCCGUAACGAGAAGGACUGGCUGAACCAGACAUACCGUCAGCUUCUUAAUGACAACGAGCUGCUGACGGCGGAUCACAAGCAGCUCAAGAGCCAGCUGAAUGAGGCCAAGCUGGAGCACACCUGGCUAGAGGCCGACUUCUCCAAGCUCAAAAAGGAGUUUCAGCAGCUGGACAUCACCUCCACAAAGCUCACCAACCAGUGUGAGUUGCUGAGCCAAUUGAAGGGCAACCUGGAGGAAGAGAAUCGCCACCUGCUCAGCCAGAUCGAGACCCUGAUGCUACAGAACCGAACCUUGUUGGAGCAGACUAUGGAGAGCAAGGAUCUUUUUCACGUCGAAGAGCGACAGUAUAUUGACAAGCUUAAUGAUUUGAGAAGGCAGAAGGAGAAGUUGGAGGAAAAGAUAAUGGACCAGUACAAGUUUUAUGAGCCAUCACCUCCUCGCAGACGUGGAAACUGGAUCACUCUGAAACUGAAGAAGUUGAUUAAAUCCAGUAGCCGUGAGCAUGGGCCCGACCGCCCACCCACACCCACACACUCGGGUGCUGCUGAGCCACCCCUCUUCUGUCACGACAACAGCUCUUUCAUCAGCUCAGAUGGGUCUGGAGGCUCAGCUUCCACCUCAGCAGGUGAUGCUUUCUCACCCCGACGUAACAGCACCACUCUGAAAAUGUUUCCCCGUAUGAGGAACAGGCUGAAGGACAAAGACAAAGUCAAGUCCCUCUUCCGUCGUUCCAUGUCCCUGAGCAGCUUGGUGUACCCCUCGGCCCUGUUCGAGGAGGAAGGGUCAGAGGCUGAUGUGGAGGAGGACAGGAAGAACGCACUGACCUCAUCCCUUACCACAUCCAUUUUGUCCAUCCUCCACCUUAAUCAUCCCACCACUCUACCAUCUGGCCACGUCACCACCACCACCACCACUGACACCACCGACACGGUCCCAGAUGUUUCUGAGCUUUGGGUGACAGAUAAGGAUUCGAAUGACAGCGCUGUGCCAUCUGGAGUUGAGGACAACGACGAGCUUCAAAAUCACGGGCUGAAUGGCGUCCAGAGUCGAGCCCAAAGUGAGAGCAGCGGUGAGUUCAGCCUGAGCCUGGAAAAUGAGCCAUGGUCAAAUGGCAGCAGCCCCAUUCAGCAGCCCCCAUCACGCCGCUCCUCCUCCUCUUACCAGCCACCCAGCGAUACCUCCACCCCCCAACACACAAUGAGGCAGAUGCAGCACAAGGAGAAAGCUUCUACCAUGCCCAUCACCAGCAGUCAGAAUUCAGCUAUCCAGGCUACACCAAAGCAGAAAGAUCUUGUGCUCUCUCAGGACUUCUGGCUCACCAGGGGGACGAAGAGCAUCCGAAGGGGGUCAAGAGGGAAAGUGAUACGUCGUUCGUCAGAUUCAGGGGGCGCAGUCAAAAUGAACUCAGGGCUUAAUGGGAUCAAUUCAAAACCCAGCUCUAGCAAAGCUGAAACUACCCAGGCCUCAGUUUGUUCCCCUGUCACAGUGCUGUAUGUUCAGGGUAAGUCAUCUUCAAUGUCUGGCUGCCUCAACUGCUUCUCCACCCCUCUGGGGAAAGAGGGGCGACUGAAAGGGUCCAGGUCGCCCAAAAGUCUCCCCCGAGCCAGCAGUGUCAUUUCCACAGCAGAGGGAUCGUCCCGACGCUCCAGUGUAAACAGCGACUGCAGGGUGAUGGUCAAGACUGAACCGCACUCAAUCCAGGCUCCAGGAGAGAGCAAUAAUCAGGAGGCCAGUCAGAAGCAACCAGAGCCAGACGCCAAUAACAGUGAGCCUGAGCCCAUUCCUCCCGUCAAACCUCCCAGAGACCCAACAGUUGUUGUUCCCACAGACCCCAAAACCCCUGUGCAGGAGUCACUUUUUGGCUCCUCGUUCACUUUCAAUUCCGUCUUCUCAAACACGAUCUUCAGUGAUUCUGUGGUCACAACCACGACUAGUCUGGACGCCCUUGGCAACAACCAGACCUUCCUCUGUCUGAAUGCUUCUCUGGUACAAGACUGUCCACUUGAGAGCCAGGAGUCUCCUCCUAACAUACCACAAACACUGCUCAGUUUGGAAAAUGAGAAGAGUCAAAAUGCAGAACAUGCAGCUGGGCUGGAGGAGAGGGACAAGCCGCUCACCACUGCAUGAAACAUCAUUGAAUAUUGUUUUGUUCAAAUAAAGCAGGUUUUACUUCUCAUCAUUGACUGAAGCACACAAUUUAAGUCACUGUAAUUUAAUAUGUUUGCAUUUUAUUCCACUGACUACCUGAGUAUACAGUAACCUUAAAAGGUGUAAAUAAAAAUAUGUUUAGAUACUUUUGGUUCACACUGCUUUAGUAACAUUACCAGCGUUUACAACACAUUAAUAAUGUAUAUAAUGUGUAACAGAUCCAGAGAUUCACAGUAUUAUUUUCCCAUUCUGGGUCUCUUUUACACAAACUCUGUAUAGCCCUACAUGUGGAUAAGUAUCCUUUGUUUUUCUCAUUAAAAUUAGAUCGUGUUGUGUUAACCUUCACUUUACCACACUGACAAUCCCGUUAUGUAUAUUUUUGAUUGCCAAAACAUUUUGUUCUUUUCUGCUGUUUCUAUUUAUGCCCUGUUACUCGGACAGAUUUUAAAUUAUUAUAAGUUGCUGUGUCUGUUAAAUAGUUCAGUCUGAGCCUGGGGGACGUUCAUACUGUGUAAAUGUUGUUUAAAAAAAUAGGCUGUGUACCUGACCGCUAUUUUCCCUUAAAUAAAGAAACCCUCUAUGUAAAACGUGUAUUUGUGUGGUCAUUCUUUUAUAACGGCGCCCGCCCAGUGUCCU